CCGUCGGAUUCUUCAUAACUUCCGUCUGAAGCUAGCGAAGAAUGUGUGCUUUGUUUUAAUUAAAGCAAUUAUUUAUUUCUUCAUUUGGAACAAAACUUCACUAAAAAUUGUCGGUCAACUCAGCAUUAAAAGAAAUGCACUUUACUGGAUAUCUUCUCCUUGCUGCAACUUUCACCUGUUUAAUGCAAAGCAUUCACCUCCAUCCUGAUGACUACGACUCCAGUCCACCUCCAGAGGAUUACUUAAUCAUUAGCAACAACCUGCUACCUGUUGAACCUCCCGAAGGCGCUAGUGAUGAUUCGGUUCGAACAUUCUUCAAUGAUGGUGGCCUCGGAAGUUAUCGCUGGCAUCUACCUGUCCUCCCAGACAACAGAGAAAAGAUGAGGCCCUUCUGGAAAAGAUCGAAGAAAGUGUUGGGAGUCUUCACCAAGGGAAGACCAAGUCUGUAUGUCAAGCCCAAUUCGAAUACCGGAAGUUCGGAAUUCCUCAAUACCUAUGUCAGAGGCCAUUUUGGCUUGUCUAGGUAUACAUUCGACAGACCUAGACCCCUUCGGUGGGGUUAGAACAUCGCCUAUC